AUGCUGAACAAAUCAGAACGCACCAAUGCCGCAGGGUGGCUUCUUUCAGCCCAGACUGCCCAUGAACAAGCAGAAGUAAACACCAAGCAAGAUCCGACCACGAGCGAGGCCAACCCGCCUUCGGAGACGAGCACCACGGCAGACAAGAGCUCGUCAAGACAGGACAUCAUAUUGGGCCCAAGCGAAAUAAGCUUGAUAGCCACGCUCGAGGCCACGAUUAGUAUCGCCAUCAGCGACGAAUCGAUUCCCGACGCUGCUGUUAUGUCAUCUCGCCAGAUAGAAUUUGGCGUUGAUGGUGUUGGUCGAGCCGAGGUUUUUGUUGAGGUGCUGGCCCUGUAG